GUGUUAUAUCUAUGACAGACGAAGAGCAGACGACACUGUGGAAAGUUUUGAUUUUCGGUGGUUCUUGCAGCUGUCGUAUUGCGUGUUGAUAUUACUUUUACUGUUAGAUAUUUUAACUGAUAAUGAACAAAUUUUAUUUUAUUUUGGGUUGGUCUAACAACCGAAUUGUGGUGGUUUAUUUUGCGCUGUGGAUACUCAUAUUUGGAUACACAUCGUCUGAGUGUAGUUCUGUGUCAGAAGAUUUGGAUCAUGUAAAUCUGGAAAAUUCGGUGAUUUGCGAUAAAUUCGAAGCGACAUUUUUGACAGCCAGUGAUGGUUCCUUUAUCGCGGAACGUUCACUAGAGGGUGACUCGAUAUCCCGACCAAAAAGAUCCCCAAAUGAACAAAACUCUGUAGAUACGAGUGUUAGCGGAAGCAAAAUUAUCGACGGGAAUAGUAAUUCUAUUGGUAAGGCAGUCAAUUUAGCUCCACAUGCAAAUGAUGUCAAUAACCAGAGUUCAGAUGUUACAGAAUCUCCAGUUAAUGUCUCAAGUAGCAACUCUUCUUCACUGUCCAGUACAGGGAUGCCUCCAGUAUUACCAACUGUAGUGAAUGCUUCGACCACUCCGCAGUCUCCUGAUCCCGUAUUGCCUGACAAGGGGUCGGCUGAAGAAGAGCAUAAUAGUUCGAUGGCAAUAUUCUUUGUGCUGUGCGUGUUAGCUCUGGGCAUACUACUCAUUCAUUUGAUGUUGCAGACUCACUUUCAGUAUCUACCAGAAAGUGUCGUCGUCGUUUUUCUUGGUGCAUUGAUAGGUCUGAUUCUUAAUCUCAUGUCAAAUCAGAACAUCGCUAAUUGGAGGAAAGAAGAAGCGUUCUCCCCUACUGCAUUCUUUUUGGUUCUUUUACCACCCAUCAUAUUUGAAUCUGGGUACAACCUACACAAAGGAAACUUCUUCCAGAACAUCGGGUCCAUUUUGGUGUUUGCGAUUGCUGGAACUACGAUCUCGGCUUUCGUGAUCGGUGCAGGAGUUUACUUGUUGGGGUUGGCCAAGGUAGCAUAUCACCUCAGUUUUGUUGAAAGCUUUGCCUUUGGUUCGCUGAUCUCUGCUGUCGACCCCGUGGCCACUGUCGCCAUAUUUCACGCCCUGGAUGUUGAUCCUGUGCUCAACAUGUUGGUGUUUGGGGAAAGUAUUUUGAACGAUGCUGUUGCCAUUGUGUUAACGACAUCCAUAUUGGAAUCUAACAAUCCUUCUAUGACAUCUUCAGAAGCGAUCCUGACAGGAAUAAAUCGUUUCUGCAUGAUGUUCUUCGCUUCUGCUGGAAUCGGAGUUGUCUUUGCCUUGACAAGUGCUUUGUUACUGAAGCACGUGGAUCUGCGUAAGAACCCUUCGUUAGAGUUCGGAAUGAUGCUGGUAUUUACGUAUGCUCCAUACGCACUGGCUGAGGGCAUUCAUUUGUCAGGCAUCAUGGCUAUCCUGUUCUGCGGCGUGGUGAUGUCCCACUACACGCACUUCAACCUGUCCACGGUGACGCAGAUAACCAUGCAGCAGACGAUGCGCACGCUGGCCUUCAUCGCGGAGACGUGCGUGUUCGCGUACCUGGGGCUGGCGUUGUUCAGCUUCCAGCACCGCGUCGAGCCGGCGCUCGUGGUGUGGAGCAUCGCGCUGUGCCUGAUCGGGCGCGCCUGCAACAUCUUCCCGCUGGCCGUGCUGUGCAACCGCUUCCGCGAGCACCAGAUCACCCGCAGGAUGAUGUUCAUUAUGUGGUUCUCGGGUCUGCGAGGAGCUAUUGCCUACGCCUUGUCUCUGCACCUGCAGUUCAGCGAUGAGACCCGACAUGUCAUAGUCACCACCACCUUGAUCAUCGUUCUGUUCACCACCCUAGUGUUUGGCGGCUCCACCAUGCCUCUUAUGAAGUUCCUCCAACCAGACAAGAAGCCAGGACGAACUAGGAGAAGGAAGACUCAAAAAGAAAUCACCCUGAGUAAGACCAGAGAGCUGGGCCAGACCAUCGACUCGGAACACCUGUCCGAGUACACGGAAGAAGAAAUGGAAGUGAAUUUCGUGCAGACCCGUAUAAAGGGAUUCGCCAAAAUCGAUUUGAAAUAUUUGAUCCCAUUUUUCACCCGGAGGUUUACACAGCAGGAGCUGAAGGACUGCAAGAGCCAGAUGACGGACCUCACCAACCAGUGGUACCAGGCCAUCCGCAUCUCGCCCACCGAGUCGGACGGCGAGACGGUGAGCUCGCACGACCGCUCGUCCCUGCCAUGAUGACACUCGAGCCGGGAGCGCCUGGUGUAGCCUCCUGUCUCCGGUGUGCGGUGUCUGUGAUGAGACCUUGUCGCCGAGUCUUUCAUGUCGCCCGGUGGCCGAGCGUUGGUCUCUGUUCCGGACACAUUCAACAAUACAUGUACUAACGUACAAUUUGUUUGGUUUUGGAGUGACGCCUAUAAGUAGGGACAAGAUUACUUGGUGACUUGCAAAGCCAAAAUAACACUGUAAAGCUUAGCAAUACACCAUAUAACAGCGAAAAGCAACAAAAAACCAUAAAAUUUAUCAGCAAUUUUAAUCAACACUCAUUCACAUUACAAAAACGUAACGCUUUAUUAUAUUAAGUUAACGAAUGUACAUUAUUAGCAUGGAGUUAGUACCAAAAUGUAUGUACCAAAUAGAUUGGAAAUUUUUUUUUAUAUUCCAACUGUUAUUUGUAAAUAAUUUUUACAUUACACCAUUGGUACAUUUUUCAAAAUGCAAUAACUUACUGACUGAUUUAUUUUUAUUUGUCCCAGUAGUCAGACAUGCUUAUUACAAAUCAUUAUAUUGUAAAAGUGCAUCAUGUAUCAGUCAAAAUGACUGUUUAGAAGUAUCAUUGGACAAGUAAGUGUUAUAUUUGUUGAAAAUUGUGCUAUCUUUGUGAAUACGGAGAGUUCAUAUAAAUAAAAUAAAAAAAUAACACCGAAAUCUCUUGUUUUAAAAACGAAAUUGGCAUAAAAGUAAAACCAUAAUACUUGUCUCCUCUUAUAAGUGUGUCACACAGAGGCUACGUGUAUAUCAUAAACUACCUGUACAUGACGGUACGUAUGACAAUAUUAGUAUACUGAAACAGUCCGUAGCUUUGUGCUUGAAGUCUUCGUAGUAGCGCGGUCGAGAAGUCUUGCGAUCUGGGCCUUGUAGUUCUAUGGACACCUGUUACUCGAACAGGCCGGCAUAACCAAACUGUAGCCGGAGCACGUCUCAAUUACACACCACCAGCUAUAAAACCAUUUUACCACCUCGGUGAUACUGCUCUGUGUCAACGUUCUCUUUCUCUCUGUGAGUUUCGGUGAGUUCCACUUGCAGAAACUUCCGCAUCAUUUCAACACUUGCAACCUUCACCCCCUCCCCUCCCCUCUAUUUCAGCCACGUCAUCAUUAUUUUGUUGUCACAUUUUCUUACCAUUUUUAAUUGUAGUUCCCCAAGCUUUCACUAUGUAAACUUUCAGGCUUCAAUACUGUGUUACUCACUUUAUUAGUUUGCAACUUAGUUUCAACAAACAAAUGACACUUCUACUGUCUCUUGGAAAUUCAUUAUUAUAAUUAGUACAAGAUGUUGACUACUUUAUUAUUUGAAACAUUUGUAAUUGAUUUUUAAAAUAUUUAACAGUGUUGAUAUUUAAUUCAUAAUGUGUGUGAGUUCUGAAGUAAAUCAAAUUCAUUUCUCUCCUAAACAAGUACCACACAUGUAUGCUAAUUGCAGGAAGAAAGCCAAUAUGUAUCAGUAUUGACAGUUUUGUUUUCCUAUCCUUUAUUAUGUCUCUUACAUCAUUGCCUAUUGCACUCCAAUUCUUUACUGUGAAUGCUUACAUUCAGCUCUUGUUUUUACACACUAACAGUCAGCAUCUUUGAACGGGUAUGGUAUGCCAAGGUAGAAUGAAGCUACCCUCUGAUAAGCAUUUCUUUUCCCUACUUCCCCAUAUUCCCCUACAUCCCCUAUUUUACGUUUAUCCCUCUGAACACUCUUUACACUUACGCUGAUAGCUUGCAAGACUUCUAGUCUGUAUGAUAAUUCUUCAUUCAGAUGUUUACCAAACACUUGUGAUAGUUCUGUUAAAAAUUAUAUGAAAGGCUGUGCAUAGUAUUGGUGAAUAGGAAGAGCACAUAUAAAAUUCAAUUUAUUGUAAUAAAUUUUAAUGUGCUGAUUGUUCUUUCUGAAAUAAAAAGAAGACUGCAAGAGCCAGAUAACUGGUUUAUCUACAUAAAGUUUGCUGUUAAUAUUAAAAUUAAGUUUAAAAAAGUCAAUGCAUUUUGUUUCAGCAGUAUAAAGUUUACCCAUUUUAAGACAGUAUUAAUAUUCUUACCUAUUAGGUGUCUAAUUGCUAAGUUAGAGCAGCUAACAUGAAUGGCUCUAACCUUACAGUAUUUUUUACCAAUAGUAACAUUUAUUUUGCAUCACUUAACAUUAUUUUUAACUGCAUAUUUGUAUGACUGUAAAAUGACAAUAAUAAAAGGCAAUGUCAAAUUAAAUUUCUUUAUGCUAGACAGUUAGUUCUCAAAAAUAGUGAAUAUGUACUCAUAACUGUUUUUCUAUGGGUUAAUUCGUUUCUGAGUUAUUCCUGCAUUAUAAUUUACCUAAAUGAAAAUUAUAAUAUUUUUUUGAAUAAAAAUUGUGUGUUUAGUAUUGAACACAGCCGUAUUUUAUUAUGACAGUAACGUGAACUUAGAUAUAUGUAAAUUUUGUAUUAGGUAACCUCAAAUUCUUUGUGGUUAAAUUUCAGGUUGGCCCAGCAAAAAAAAACCCAAAUAGUAACAAAUUACUUGAAAACUUGAUGUUUGUAUGCAAGAACUUUAGGAUUUUUUUUAAUUUACAUCUUAUAACCAAACUUAGUUACGUACUUUGAAUAUUUUUUUUUAAAUAAGCCAAGUUUUUAUACUUCCUUUGCAUUAAUUGGCAAAUUAUUUAUUUUUUCAAAGUAAGAAAGUUCUUAAACUUGUCUGGUUACUUUCUGACAAACAAUUUUACAAUACAUACCUAUCAUAGUUCCAGUUGGUACUUCGUCGCUCGAUAUAUAAAACUGUAAGUCCCUUGGAUAAGAUUACUGAACUAGGUACGUCCACCAACUGAAUUAUCCUUGGGGGAAGGGGGGCUGUUUGUGAUAACAGUCACUCUGGGUUGAUGCCGGCGCCUGGGGUCAAGUUUCUAAUUAAAUAUAUUCCGAGAACACGUUGAAACUCAGCCUGGUCCUGAUCAGCAGGCAUCAAAUUGUCACUUGAGGAGUUCUCAUCAGAGUUUCACGAGUUGCCGAUGACGCGACCGCAUGCGGCGACAAUCGAGCGACAACUGGGUUGACCACGCAGCUGCCCUCCUUUGCGAAGUUAGAAACAAAGGGAGGCAACCCCGUGGCCACCCUGACCAAUCACGAAACAAAACCAGAUACAUGACCAUAUAGGGAAGGUGUGUUGCUGCAAAUUGUUCUCUAAAGUCUGGAAAUUCACAACCCACCACCUCAGGUUCGUUCUGAUUGGCUGAUUGAAAAGCAUCCAGUGAACCUUCUAGGUUUUCCAGUGAUGUAUUUCUUACAUACAAAAAAAAAUUACUUCAGGCUGUCAAAGUGUCCAUUGCAUCUUCCUUUUCUUUUUAAACCUUCUGGAGCUUUGAAGUUUGUUCAAAUGCGACAUAUGCUUAACGCAUCAGAAUAAAACCAUAGAACAAAAAAAAAUAAAAAAAAAUACUUCAAAUUGUAUAUAAAUUCUAACAAAAGUUAAUAAUGAUUAAUUAAUAGUUUUUUAAGCACACUCGAAUUUCUUUCAAUGCCUAUGCAUAAUAAAAUAAACAUGAUUACAAAUUAAUUAUGAACAAAAAAGUAUCAUGGAAAUUAGUUAAAAUAUUAUUAAAGAGGGCAGGAGUUAUGCUAUGUCACAGUGUCUUUAAAUAUAAGAUUUCUUGGAAUGUAAGAGUCUCCCCAGUAGAAAACAGAGCUGUGAGUGUAAUGGAAAAACCAGCUUAGGGGUUGGUUAAAUCUUAGAACAGUCACUUUUCGUAUUACUUAUUCAGGUUUUUUGGCUGUAAUUCAGUGCAAAGUCUCUUUGAAGGUGGACAUCAAUCUAAAGUGUAUGCUGAAACUUUAUUUAUCCAUAAUAUACUGUUGUAUAGGUUAAUGCCAUUUUACCUGUGUACUUUCUUACUUAAUAACUAAGUUUUAUAAUUGAUUUCAUAACUAUGAUUUUAAAUGGUGAUUUUUUUUGUAUUACAAAUUUUCAAAUUAUGUGCAUAUUUGUCAAGAUCUGUAACACAGUUACAGUAGUGAUUAUCUGCAUAUGUUAUGUAAACAUUAUUACAGAGUUCCUGUGCAAUUUUAUGGAAAAAUUAGUCAGGUGUGGGAAUUGACUACAAUGUUACUCAGUGUUCUGAACAGUUUGUGAAUGUUCCAAGUAUGUAGAAUGUUAGAAAAUAUUUUAUGCUUUGUUAGUUACUUGUUUGAAAAAGUAUAGAUCUAUAAUAUGGUAUGUAGUGUAACUUUGCUAGUAAGGUUUGUGUUGCAAUUCACUGCAAUUGAGUCCUUCGUUUCCUUCGAUCAGAGCUCUUAUCAAGAAGUGUGCAUACUUGCUCGUCAACAAAUGAUCGAGGGAUCGUGGAGGGACUACUGCUUGUACCCUUAGCUGGAAGGACACAUUCAAGGGUACUCGGUUAAUUGGUUUUGAGGGCAUGAAGCCAUGUAAGGGUCUCAUCAGGUUUGGGUUUCACGUACCGCUCAUGAAACAACCCAUUUUGAUGUUUGCCAUGUCAUGCGAUUUGGCAGUUUCGUUUUUGAAGUGAAACUUCUUUGGGCGCGAUGGGAGUAAAAAUUUCAAGGCCGAAUUUUAAUGCAACAUGUUCUUGAAACAUUGUUGUCUGACGCUAAAAGAACGGAAAGAGGUUGCGGACGGUGCAGAGAAGCGGGCUCCACGUGGCUUAGUGCGGCUCAGGUUGAACCCCGCCAUGCUGCAGGGAUAGGGACCCGCCUGCGUCUGACUUGCUGGCGUAUAGUAGGGGAGUGUCUGGGCAGAGGGCAACACAGCGGGGUUUGAGGUUAUUGUGCACCGCGCCACUGGCCAUCUUCGCAACAAAAUUAUGUUCUUUCAAGUGCAUAUUGUGUAAAUCUUUAUUGUUAACCAGUGUUUCAUGAGUAUUUUUUUAGCUGUGCUAAUUGAAUAUUUUUUGGGGAUCCUGGUUCCUGAGCAAUUAUUUUGAAGUGAGUAAUAAUUUUAAUUCAUGUUUAUUUAGAAAAUUGUCUUCUUUCUCUCUCUGCCCUUUUACCAGUUACGAUUUACCUACGAGUCGAGGUUUGAAUUCCAAAGAAGUUUCAUUUCUAUGACGUGUACCGAGUUAUGCCUGCUGUUUUUUUUUUUAUUAUUUGUUUAAAAAGCCUACAUAAGUGGUACUAGAAGAUAGCAUAUUGUGUUUUUAGUAAAUCUCUUAAGUGGGAAGAGCCACAUAGGUCGUUUUUAAGUGCGAAGAGCCACAUAGGUCGUUUUUAAGUGCAGUUUAAGCUUGAAUGUUUGGUAGCAUGUGAAACUAAUCUGGCUGAUUAAUGGCAUGCGUGUAGCUACUGGCGUUUGUGCAAAUUUUGAGUGUACUUAAUUUAAUGUAAAUGUGUUUCAGUGUUAAUGCUAGUGUGAAAUCCCUUCUCCCAUUCCACCUAAUGUAUCAUGCAUUGAAUUUUGAACAUUUAUUCACGAGUUAUAUGCGAUAGAUAUUAGUAAUUAAUUUUAGGUUAAAAAAAAAAUUUCUGUGUUCAAUUUUGAAUUGCAAGCACUCACUAGACAGGAAGUUUUGCUUGACUGCUGUGUUGUUUGGCACAGAGUUCUUUGAUUGCAUCUUCAAUAAUCUGUGAUCACUUUUCUUGACCAUCACAUCACAGUUUGCCAUGUUGUGUUAGUGGUAGCCAGUCACACAUCACAACUUGUGUUUUUCUCAUCAGUUUGUCAAGUAACAAUGUAUAAUUUUCCAAUAUUUUUUAAGGGGAUUAUUUAGAAAUGGAAAUAUGCUGUCUUGGUUGCAACAGUUUUUAUGCCAAAUUAUUUUAUUUUAAAUUUAAUACUAUUGAAAACGUGUCUUUAUUAUAGCAUAGUACAGUAAAACCACAUUUAUCCGGCCCUUGUUGAUCUAGAUAAUUUGGAUCAAAUUUUUAGACUUUUUUUUAAUGUUCACAUAAAAAUAUGACAGUUGUAUUCUACAUCUGUGCAAAGAAAGAAGGUUAGCACACAAUAAUAUACCUGACCAUGCUUUAUUCAAACUCCAUACAUGUUCAAAACAGAAGAAAGCUAACAUUUCUUUGUUAAAAAAAUCAUGUGAAAAGUUAUUUUUUUAUGUUUAAUGGCUUCUUAACAAUAUAGGGUAUGUAUACUAUGUAAUUUUGUUACAAAACAUUGUCUUUUAUCAUAGUAAACUGUAAUUUUAUUUUGAUUGGUACCCAUAUUGGAUUAUCCACAUUUUUUCAUUGUCCGUAUUGCCUUUGGUCACAUUUAGUCCGGAUAAACUAUUACAUAUGUAAUUUGUUUGAGUAAUGAAUGAUUGCUACAAAAUAUUUUCUUCUGUGAAAUCAUUUUUGUAAACGACUACACUUGUAAUAAUACUGGUAAUAGACAUUUUAUUUAAGCUUCAGGAAAUUUCUGUAUGUGUGACCUGUGACCUCUGCCUCAUUAAAGGAAAAUAUUUUAUGUUAAACAAUAAAUUUGUUAUGGCCUGAACACUGUUGAAACCAAGCCAGCGUCUUUAUGUUUCUAUGUCUCCUGUUUAAUGCAAGUAGUAGCCGCUGACUGAACUCUACUGGACCAAAAAUAGCCUUGUCGAUGCGAGUUGACGAAUGUUUUGCGCAUUGUUCGUAUUCAAGAAAGUUUGGAAAUGUGAGUAUCGUAACCAACGUUGUUCUUGGCUGGAUUUGAAAUUUUAUGGAAAGCUAGCAUAUUAGUUUAUGAAGAAACUUAACAUAAGCAUUUACUAACAUAAACUGUUAAGUUUUUUAAACUAUGUUUUGAAAAGUGUGUGAAAACUCUUGGCUCACUUAGUGCAAUAUUUAAAAGUUACCAUGUUUGUUAUUCGAGUAAAGGUUAGAGAGCCAUAAUUUUGAUAUGUACUUUAGAUGAUAUUGCAAUGUCUGCUCAAGAUGUUGAUUACAGAUCAAUUUAAUAACAAAUUUGCAGCAUAUGUUUUUUAAACUCUGGUUCUUGUAGCACAUGUAAAUACUACAGCAAUUUUGCAGUGGUUUUUAGAACUUCAAAAAACAUAAGUAUGAUCAGAAACGUAACAGUACUGAUCAAAUGAACUUAAUUUUUAAAACUUUGUCAUUUAAAUAACUAUUUUUGUAUAUUUUUUUAAUGUUACAAUAUCAUUUUAAGUGUAUGUAUUUUGUUUAGAAAUUUGCAGAGUAUAUUUAUUGUUUUUAUGUACUGCCACUGUUGUCUUGCUUUUUUUGUCUCUCUUGAUGUGCAUGACAACAGUGAAGCAUGUGAUGUUUGUUCCUUGGAUGAAAAAUAAAUGUAUAAGCAGCUAA